GCCUCGGUGGAACCCGCUAAACCAACGCUAAGAGUAUGGUGGAGCCAUGUGUGGUGGUUCGAUGAUGCACGUGACACAUCAUGUGGUUUCCCCCCACAACUUGCCCAGCACCCUCUCUAGGGCCUUCAAACCCUACCUACAAUUUUCGUUGGCCGAACUUCCAACUUUUCGCCGUCUCCGCUAAAUCACAUCACCAACCGUCGUCGCGAUACACAGAUAACAAAAAUGGCUGGAGGCAAACCCCGUGGUCUUAACGCCGCGCGAAAGCUGCGAACGAACCGAAAGGACCAGAAAUGGGCCGACCUUGCCUACAAGAAGCGUGCCCUGGGCACUGCCUUUAAGUCCUCUCCCUUCGGUGGCUCCUCGCACGCCAAGGGCAUCGUCCUCGAGAAGGUCGGUGUCGAGGCCAAGCAGCCCAACUCCGCCAUCCGAAAGUGUGUCCGAGUCCAGUUGAUCAAGAACGGCAAGAAGGUCACUGCUUUCGUCCCCAAUGACGGUUGCCUCAACUUCGUGGACGAGAACGACGAGGUCCUCCUGGCUGGUUUCGGUCGCAAGGGCAAGGCCAAGGGUGAUAUUCCCGGUGUGCGAUUCAAGGUCGUCAAGGUCUCUGGUGUCGGUCUGCUCGCUCUGUGGAAGGAGAAGAAGGAGAAGCCCCGAUCUUAAAAACGGAGCUCUGGGAAGGAAACGAAGUCAUAUUUCGGCACGAGGAGUCAAAUCGGCUUGCUUGCAUCGGCAUUACAGGUUAGGGUUCUGAUCAUGGGAGACGAGGUCUGAGGAAAAUA